AUGACCGAAGAGGCAUUAUCUUCCUUACGUUCACCUUCAUCCUCUUCGAUUCCGUCAACAUCCGUCACUCUACCAGCAUCUAGUACUCCGACAUCAAAAGAUUCAUUGUCGUCAACAACCAUGGUACAAACUAAAUCGUCGGUUGGAAUAUCCAAUUCAAUCAAUGAUUCAGAUCAUUUAUGUAAUUCUCAAUUCUUACCUCAUUCGACAAAAUCAAUCGGAUUCAUCGUUCCACCUAAUGCUUCGAAUACAUCUUACAAUUAUCCUCGAGAUUGUUAUCUGACUACGGAAGCUAAGAUCAAUGAUAUUCCAGGAAUUGUUUUACUUGAUACUGGUUCAGGUGUUACCAUCAUUAGUUCCAGUCAUUGGAAGAUUAUCAAUUCUGGUGGUCCUAUUGCUCCUUACAAUGGACCUGAAAUACAAGGUCCAGACGGUAGUUCUAUUGGACCGGAAGGACGUGUCGUCGUGCAAAUUACUUUAGCUGGUUCUACUACACAUCAUCCGGCAGUUCUUGCUAGAAAUUUUCAUCAUCUUAUUCUUCUUGGAAAUGACUUUAUGAAAUCCAUUGGACUUGUCCUUGACUUGCAAGACAAUAAGAUGUGGUUACGUACUGAUCCAACUCGAAGAUAUUCGAUAUCAUCUGAUCUUACGCAAGCAGGCAGAAUUGAUGUUCCGGUAUUAUCUACUGAGCGUCGUGUCAUCGCUCCAUAUCAUAUAGCUUACAUUCAAGUAAACACUCCAACUUUUCUCUCACAUGAUACUUGGGAUGCUUCUAUCACUGGUCAUCGUCCGCACAUCGCCACUGCCAACAGCUUAAUUCGCUUUAAGGAUCAGAAGUCAUUCGUACAAAUUAUUAAUUGUACUGCUCGUCAACAAAAAUUUCAUAUCGGACAACAUAUUGCAGUGGCUGAUUUAUACAUUGACGAUGCAGAUUACGAUAUGCAACAUGUUUCAAAUUCAUCUUCAUCUAUGAUACCGGAAUCACCGAUGCCCAAUAACAAAGAAGGAUUAUCAUGCACAUUUCCAUCGUCAUCUACAACGUCGAUUAACCAAUCAACGUUCGAUUCGCAAUAUACUUUACAAAACAAUUCGGGUUCGUUGAUUCUUUCAUUGCCUAGUGUGAAUGUAACUUGUUCUGAUUUAUCAUGUCGUUCGUUUUCUUUCUCAUCGUCUUCACCGAGCUCCUGUACCGAUCAGCAAACCGUACCACCAUCAUCCCACUCAUCAACACUUAUUUCAUCUUCUACACCAUCUUCUAUUUCAUUUUAUUCACCACCUCUUAUCUCGUCAUGUUUAUCGUCUUCUACCUCUUGUCAUUCGCCUUCAUCUAUAUUUUCUACUUCUUCUUCUCCUGUUAAUCCUGAAUUUUUGCGUGACCUUAUCGUUAGCGAUAGUGAUCUUAAUUCUGAACAAGUUGCUCAGUUACAAAAUCUUCUUUUGAAAUAUCGAACUUGUUUUAAUGAAAAAACAGGUCGCACUUCAUUAACUCGACAUCAUAUUGAUACUGGCGACUCUAAGCCUAUAAAGUUGCGACCGUAUCGCGUAUCACCCGCUCGUCAAAGUAUCAUUUACAAUCAAAUACAACAAAUGUUACAAGACGGUAUUAUCGAGCCAGCUAAUGGACCAUACGCCGCUCCUGUUACUUUACAACCGAAAAAGGAUGGCUCUUUGCGUUUUUGCGUCGACUUUCGUCAACUAAAUUCUGCCACUGUUCGAGAUGUUUAUCCAAUACCUCGUAUUGAUGACACUCUCGAUCAGUUACGUUCAGCAAAAUAUUUUACUUCUAUGGAUUUAAAAUCUGGGUUCUGGCAGAUUGAACUCGAUGAGGAAAGUCGACCAAAAACAGCGUUUGUUACGCAUGCAGGACUUUAUCAUUUUACAGUUAUGCCAUUUGGCUUAACUAAUGCGCCUGCGACGUUUCAACGCCUUAUGGACCUAGUUCUAGGCGGUUUGAAAUGGAGUUGCGCUCUAGUAUAUCUUGACGAUAUAAUCGUUUAUUCUUCUACGUUUUCGUCUCAUCUACAACAUCUUGAAUCUGUACUGCAACGAAUUCAAGCAAGUGGUCUUACUCUUCAUCUAUCUAAAUGUCAAUUUUGCAAAACAAAACUUCGAUAUCUUGGUCAUGUUGUUUCACAAACCGGUAUCGAACCUGAUCCAGAAAAAAUUCGUGCUGUACGUGAUUAUUCUAUUCCAAUUCGGUUGAAAGAUGUUCGUACAUUUUUGGGUCUUACUGGUUAUUAUAGAAGGUUCAUUAGAAAUUAUGCUACCAUCGCUGAACCACUAAUCUCGUUAACUCGUAAUACAGACAAUAAGCCAUUUCACUGGUCAUUAUGUUGCCAACAGGCUUUCGAUCAUCUACGUCAUUUGUUAAUAGAAGCACCAAUCAUCGCGUAUCCUCAAUUCGACAAACCUUUUAUUCUUCAACUCGAUGCGUCUGACGUUGGCCUUUCCGCUAUUUUAGCUCAAAAGCUCGUUGAUGAUGACGGCGUUCAUCGUGAACAUGUUAUCGGUUACGCUAGUCGUACUCUUUCUGCGUCUGAGCGUAAGUUUUCACCAACUGAGCGCGAGUGUCUCGCUAUUGUUUACGGUUGUUCUCACUUUCGUCCAUAUCUUGAAGGUGUUCGUUUCACUAUUCUAACCGAUCAUAAAGCACUUAAGUGGUUACACAACACUAAAGAUCUUAAUAGUCGUCUUGCCAGAUGGGCAAUGCAAAUAGCAGUUUACGACGUCGAUAUUCAACAUCGUCCAGGUGUUGAAAAUACAAAUUGCGACGCUCUUUCACGUGCUCCUGUUGAUGAUCUUUCUAAUUCUAACCAAGUUAUUGCAACUCAAGAAUCUUAUGAUUCAUCAUCGGUUGUAGAUCAUGGUUAUUCGCUCGUACUUGACUAUCUUCGUCAUUCUUCACUGCCACCUCCACAACUUGUUAUACCUAUUUCACUUUCUAAUAUUACUAAUAUAUUUUCACCGAUAUCCUCAUAUUCUAUUUCUCUAGCUAAUAUACAUUUCGGUGAUAACAUUAGAUUAUAUGAAGAUAUAAGAAUUGCACAAUGGAAAGAGAGUGAACUUCUUCCACUUCUUAAUUAUUUACAAAAUCAACAACUUCCGGAUGCUGCUGGGCAGUCAAAGAUUCAUCAACAAGCUUCUUGUCAUCGACUUGUUGACGGUGCGCUUUAUCGUGUCUUUCGUUUACCUCGAUCUGUUGUUGAAAAUUCUUCUUCUAGUGUUGCUUCUGAUUCUCGGUUAUUUCGCUCUCACGAACAACUCCGUCUUGUUAUUCCGACAUCGAAAAUUGUUGAACUUUUAUCGCUUGCUCAUGAUCAUGCAACGGCCGCUCAUCUCGGCCGCCGCAAGACUUUAUAUCGUCUUUCAAAUCGCUUUUAUUGGCCACAUAUGCGUCGCGAUGUCGAAGCAUAUGUUCGUUCAUGCAAACUAUGCCAACAAUUUAAGGCUUCUACUCAGAAACCUGGUGGUUUAAUGCGUCCUAUAGUCGUCAAUGAACCGUGGAAUACUGUUGGUAUUGAUCUAACGGGACCACUACCUAAAACCCGACGCGGUAAUUCUUUCAUUCUCGUCGUUAUCGAUUAUUUCACUAAAUGGAUUGAACUCUUUCCGCUUGCUAAUACAAAAGCAAAAACAAUCGCUCAAGUAUUCGUCGAUGAAGUUUUAUGCCGUUUCGGUUUUCCAGUUCGAGUUAUUUCAGAUAAUGGUGUUCAAUUUCUUUCGAAUAUAUUCACCAAUGUAUGUUUAGCUCUUGAUAUAAAACAUCAACGAACACCACUUUAUCAUCCACAAAGCAACUUAUGUGAACGCGUUAAUCGAACCAUUAAACCAUUACUAGCUGCACUUGCUUAUAACGAUAACAAAUCUUGGGAUAUUAAACUUCCUCAGAUCGCAUUUGCGCUACGGACGGCACCAAGUGAUUCUACUGAACAAUCGCCAGCUUUUCUCAUGUUUGGUCGUCACCCACGCCAACCAUUAGAUUUAUGUCUACCUUCACCUGCGCCUCUAGAUCAAUCUCCUACAAAGACUGAUUUAUUAGACUAUCGCAAACAAUUGCUUGCUGAUCUUUUACCAGCUUAUGCUAGUACUAGAGAAAUUCUCGAUAUUUCUCAUCAAAAGCAAGCUGACCAAUACAAUCAAUAUCAUCGUUCACUUCAAUUUGAACCUGGUGACUUAGUUUGGGUCACCGCUCUGUCUGGUAUUGCAAUGGGAAAAUGGCGUGGAAAGAAACUCAGCGCACGACGUGAAGGACCUUACCGUGUCAUGGAACGUUUAUCUUCCUUGACUUAUUCAUUAAUUCAUACAAUUACUGGUCAACAACUUAGUCCAAUCCACGUCAAUCGUCUCGAACGCUAUUAUUCCUUUAAUAGUAUCGACUAG